CAGAGUCGUAGUGGCUUAUCGAAUUUCGAAUGUGAUGUGGCCUGCCAGUCACCGAGCCGAGUUACCUAUGAAACUAGUUUUAUCUCUUUUGAGGAUGAUUUGCUUGAUGUGUACGGUGAUCCAAAUGUUACGGGUAAAGUCGGUACCGAUAUACAAGACGGAAAAUGUACAUGGUUGAGCGUCCGAGCGGCACAGAAAUUGCGAGGGAAACCAGAUAUGAGCGAUUUCAAGGAACACUACGGGAAGUCCGCCCCUGAGAGUAUCGCAAACAUCAGGGAGCUUUUGGAGAAACUGAAAAUACGAGAUGAAUUCUCGAAUUUCCAGAGAAUUUUUGCAGAAAAGGUGAAAAGCGAUAUCGAGCAAUUACCAUUGCGGCUGUCAGCACUGAGGCCUGUCUUAUUAGAUGUUCUUAAUAAGUUAAUUGAUCGGAAAAAAUAA